AUGCUGCGAUUUGUGUCCGCCAUCGCCAUACUGGCUGCGACGGCCGUUCAAUCGGCCCCGGUCGAACCGGCCCAGUACGCGUUCGUCACGAAGCAUCACCAUGUGCCGGAACACCAUCACGUCAUCGAGCAGGUGCACCAUGUGGUGGAGGUGCCCAAACUGGCGGCACACUAUCCGGUGGAGCUGCUGGAAGAUCAGCACUACUACCAGCACCAGGAGCCACAGAUUGUCCUGUCGAACGACAAGUACAUCGGCGAGGCGCACGAGCACCAUCAUGCGGCCCCGGCCACUAGCUACGCCGACAGCAAUGACUACAGCAGCCUGUACGGUGGUAAGCAGGUGUCGCACCUGUACGACAACUACCAGUAUGGCCAGUACGAUGCCGGGUAUGCCAAGAAGUACGACGAGUACAAUGCUUACCCCAAGUACAGCUUCGAGUAUGGAGUCGAUGAUCCGCAUACCGGUGACCACAAGAAGCAGUGGGAGUUCCGUGAUGGUGACGUUGUGAAAGGUGGAUACAUGUUGAAGGAAGCCGAUGGUACUACGCGCGUCGUCGAAUAUACCUCGGAUGACCACAACGGAUUCAAUGCGGUCGUCAAGAAGUUCGGCCAUGCUCACCAUCCCGAACCGAAGCAACACAAUGCCUACGGCUACAUCGGUAACUACGCCGGAGCUUACGCCACCGGUGAGCACUACAGCAAGGGAGCUACCAGCUACGCAAAGGUCUGGAAGCAGCACUAG